AACAGAUAUUAACCGCACAUCAAUGGAAUUCAGUCGGAUGGAUACAAAUUUCAAACAAUUGCUGCGUACUUGUUUUAAAAUUGAAUAUUAAUAUAACUGCAGAAAAUCGUUAACAAUGGCUAGUUUAGAAAUAAGGAUUUUUAUAGCAGUGAUUUUCAUCUUGGUUCUUAUUUUCUCUUUAAUCGGAAGCAGUAUGUCACUGGUGACCUACAUUCGUCGUCGCAAGUUGCAUAAGCCCCAUCUUUAUUUGCCAGUCUCUCUGUGCAUUGCAGAUAUCAUUGCUGUUUCUGUCUGGACGUUAAUAACUAUUAUUGCGUUAAUCAACGAGGGUUGGUUUUUAAGCUAUGAAAUCUGUGCCCUUCAGAAUUACGCCAUGACAUUUAGUAAUGUGAAUAAUAUGCACACUUUUCUACUGUUAGGAGUUGAGCGGGCAAUGAAAUUUUUAAAACCAUCAAAGCAUGAAGAUGUAUUUAUACAUUAUAUAACACUGGCGUUGAUUGGAGCCGUGUGGUUUAUGGAUGGUAUAAUUGCAAUCUUUCCUGUGAUUGGCUGGGGAAGAGUCCGUUUUUAUCCAGAACAAUAUCAGUGCAUUCCAGAAUACCAAUUAUCUACGUCACAUUUAAACUUUCUGUUUGUGACCACUUAUGUCAUCCCUAUUUGUUUAUUGGUCGUAUUGUGUAUUUUGUGCUUUAUGAAGAUCAGAAGUGCGCGGAGUAAAGUAGUUCCAGAUUCAGGUAUUAUUACCGAAGAGUACCAUGGAUCGGAUGUAAAUCCAUACUCAUACGGCGUAAAGAAAAAUAAUUUGAAAUUCAAAAAUGCCGGAAUCAAAUUUAAAAAGCCAAAACUGCGGCCAAUAAAAUAUACUUCACAAGGAUAUGUAAGUGAUUCUGAAACAGAUGAUGAAUCCUUGGAAAUGGAAGAAGUCAAAAGGCCGUUUUAUUUAAUGUCAAAAACAGAUUACGAUCUUCUGAAAACAUACGUUAUUAUAAUUUGUGCAUACGUUUUGUGUUGGUUCCCUUACGUUAUACUAUCGUACACGUGGACAUAUUCAAGGUACAGCUAUAUACCCGAGUGGUUGAUCUUAAUUACCGUUAUUUUAACACACAUUACUAGUUGCAUAAAACCAAUAAGUUAUUAUUUCUUCAAUAAUAAUCUAAGGUCCGCGUUCAAAAAGACGAUUUCACUAUCUAAAUGUGUAAAGCGAUAAAGCCAGGUCACUGUAAUUUCUACAAUGCCGUUUCUGGUCAAUAAAAUAUAACUGUUAAAAAUUGUUAUCUAUUGGUUAUGCCUGUAGAUCUAAACCCGAGGUCACCAGGCUCGUAAAUACACUAUGAAAUAUGCAAGGCCUAGAAACUCG